UAAUAUUUAUGAUGAAAUGUAUGAGGGUUUUUCAUGUAUUAAAAAUGUUGUUUUUAAUUGGUGGUGCAACCUGAAUAAAGUCCCGACGUGUGUUUCCGGUGACUGGCGGAAAGCGGCGGAAACCCAAAGCUGCUGUGUAAUAGUACUGUUCGACUGCCAAAGAGCUCGCUCUUUUCUUCGUAAGAAAGUGUUUAAACCCAGAUAAAAAAUGCCGGACUAUUUGGGAGACGACCAGAGGAAAACGAAGGAUGAGGAGAAGGACGAAGGACCUAUCAGAGCUUUGGAUGAAGGGGACAUUGCUCUGCUGAAGACGUAUGGUCAAAGCACCUACUCCAGGCAGAUCAAACAAGUGGAAGACGACAUCCAGCAGCUGCUCAAAAAGAUCAACGAGUUGACAGGCAUCAAGGAGUCGGACACGGGCCUGGCUCCACCGGCACUCUGGGACCUGGCUGCUGACAAACAGACUCUGCAGAGUGAACAGCCGCUGCAGGUGGCACGAUGCACAAAGAUCAUCAACGCGGACUCCGAGGACCCCAAAUACAUCAUCAACGUCAAACAGUUUGCCAAGUUUGUGGUGGACCUGAGCGACCAGGUGGCCCCCACUGACAUCGAGGAGGGCAUGCGAGUCGGGGUGGACAGAAACAAGUAUCAGAUCCACAUCCCCCUGCCCCCCAAGAUUGACCCGACCGUCACCAUGAUGCAGGUGGAGGAGAAGCCCGAUGUGACCUACAGUGAUGUCGGGGGGUGUAAGGAGCAGAUUGAGAAGCUGAGGGAAGUGGUCGAGACCCCCCUGCUCCACCCCGAGAGGUUCGUCAAUCUGGGUAUCGAGCCUCCGAAAGGCGUGCUGCUGUUCGGGCCCCCCGGCACGGGGAAGACCCUGUGCGCCCGCGCCGUGGCCAACCGGACCGACGCCUGCUUCAUCCGAGUCAUCGGCUCGGAGCUGGUGCAGAAGUACGUGGGAGAGGGAGCCAGGAUGGUGCGGGAACUGUUUGAGAUGGCCAGGACUAAGAAGGCUUGUCUGAUCUUCUUUGAUGAAAUCGAUGCCAUCGGAGGUGCUCGGUUCGACGAUGGCGCCGGUGGAGACAACGAGGUCCAGAGGACCAUGCUGGAGCUCAUCAACCAGCUAGACGGCUUCGACCCGCGAGGCAACAUCAAAGUGCUGAUGGCCACCAACCGACCGGACACCCUGGACCCGGCCCUGAUGAGACCCGGACGCCUGGACAGGAAGAUCGAGUUCAGCCUGCCGGACCUGGAGGGUCGCACACACAUCUUCAAGAUCCACGCCCGCUCCAUGAGCGUGGAGAGGGACAUUCGCUUUGAGCUGCUGGCUCGCCUCUGUCCCAACAGCACCGGUGCCGAGAUCCGCAGCGUGUGCACGGAGGCGGGAAUGUUCGCGAUCAGGGCCCGCAGGAAGAUCGCCACGGAGAAGGACUUCCUGGAGGCCGUGAACAAGGUCAUCAAGUCCUACGCCAAGUUCAGCGCCACGCCCAGAUACAUGACCUACAACUGAGAGUGUGUUUCUGUGUGUGUGUGGGUGUGUUCCACUUUGGCUUUUUACUGUCAAGAAAAGCAGAGAACGGAGUCAAAGAUAUCGUCUUUUGUUGUCACUUGUUCACUUAAAAAUAAAAGUUUAUUCCAGAUUUGA